AUGUCAUUCACGCAGUUCUGCAAACACGCCAUAGACUACCGCCGAAUCCGUACAUCUAUCUUAGACCAACCUUAUUUGAGAUACUAUCUUCUAUAACAGACCAUGGAGUCCUAAGGAUCCAACCCAGCAAAAACAUCGUUGAUACGCAACGAAGAUUGCAAAAAAAGUACUUCUCAUCUAGAUUGAUGAUGCCUGAGGCGACACUUUUACCGACGUUCCCCUCAUCAUGACGUCGCAAGCGAACGGGGCGGGCCGCAGUAGCUUCAGCCAGCCUUCAGCUGCCCUUGGAAGUAUAUUAAUAGGUGGAGCUCAACAUCUUUCCAAGGAAAUACCUGCCCUCACUCGACAUUUACAAUUGUGAUUCCUACAUUCUCACACAGCCAGCGACUAUGCCAUCUCUCAAUUCAACCGUCUUCCACGCCUACACCUACGGCACCGCAUUCUGGUACACUCUCCGCGGUCUCUGCCGUGUCUAUGACCCUGCCAUGGUCGUCGGCUGGUUCCGUCCACCAUCCCAACUCAACCUCAUGCCCAACGACCUCGAGCUCUACAACGUCAAGACCGACGGCUGGUGCCUCGUCACUCUCGGCCUGAUCCUGCUCGCAUUCACAGGCGCCAUCCCCGCAAAGGCACCAUCAGCAGUAAACACACAUCCAGCGGCCCGCGAGGCGAGGACUACUACUUCGGUGGCCGGGCUGGUUGUAGCUGCGACAGUGUUCCACCACGUUGCGACUGGGAUCGGGGCGUAUCAGCAUUAUAAGCUAGAGUCACAUUAUAAUACGGCCAUGGCGAUUGGCGUAUGGGGAAAUGUGUGGUUGGCGUUUACAGGGGUGCUUACGCUUGCAGUGUUGCGGAUGGAGGGUGGUGGGGAGCCGGUACAGGGGUUGGCGAAGAAGCUAAAGUGAACGUGCAUGAUGUCAUGUUUCGAAUUUAAGGAAUCGAAGAUGGUAUAAGCUCGUAUGCAGACAUCUCUGCAAUCAACAGAGCGGAAAAUGUGUACACUACUGGAGACAGAAACAGAAAGAUUAAAGCGUCAAUAAUUACCUAGUGACCUGCGAGUAGGGCUGAUAUUGCGUCAGGAUG